ACCAGUGUCUGCGCGGACGGUAAGCAGUGUACAAGUGUUUGUUUGUGUCUUUGGCGAGUCGUUGAGCGUGUGCGUUGCCGGUGUGGUGGUGUCUUUUUCGGUUGUGCCCAACCGCGCCGCCGCAACGGUUGUGUUCUUGCAGGCCUCGCGCCGGACGGUCAAACAGUACAUUUUGUUUUCAUCACGAGCGCAUCGCCUUCCGUGUUCCCGUCAUCGCGUCGCCGAAUCGCCAUUCUCUGCAUCGGACGGAUCGCCCGAGUGCAAUGACCGCGUGAACGCGGCACACGCCGGACAGCAGAGACUCGAGCGCGCGCGCGAAAACCACACCGCGGAGGACCCGACGAUAUCCGCGACCGAUAGCCGUUCGUCUGUUAUCAGCACCAUGUCGGCACCUGCGCGGUUCCGGCUGACGACGGCGCUGGCGGCGCUUCUGAUGGCGCUGUCGGUGGUGCCACCGGCCAAGAUCGUCUCCGCCACCACAGAUGGUGGCGGCGGCGGCGGUGGUGGUGGUAUCAAACCCGUUUAUCCACAAAUAUUCAAUCUUGCAUCCCGGGCCGUGGUAACAGCGAACGCAACCUGUGGCGAAACGGAAAACGGACCGGAAGUGUACUGCAAGUUCGGCUCAGCGGGACAGCAGUGCGGAGUUUGCGACGCCCGGUCCGGUGACCCAGCCAAGACACACAGCCCAGCUAACGCGGUGGACAACGCCACGGCUGGCACAUGGUGGCAGAGUCCGUCUCUGCACAACGGUGAUCAGUACCAGUACGUGACGUUCACGAUCGAUCUGAGACAGAUUUAUCAAGUGUCAUACAUUAUAAUGAAGUUUGGUAUUUCAUCAAGACCUGGCAAUUGGAUUCUUGAGAGAUCAACAGACGGCGGCGUAAAAUACACACCGUGGCAGUAUUUUGCCAUCAACGGCGAAGAAUGUAUUCAGAAAUAUAACGUCCAGCCAGCGUUUAACAAGGACAAAAUAGUGCAAAUCUACCGAAACGCAACAUGCAUUACAUCAUUUUCGCGUUUCAAACCUCACGAAAACGCGGAAAUUCAUAUUAAUUUGCUAAAAGGACACAACAGCAUGAAUUUAUCGUCUACUGAAAUUUUAGACUUUUCUGCGGCUCAACAUAUACGACUAAGAAUGCAAAAAAUAAUUUUACCCAACGACAAGAUGGCAAUGCUAGACAAUUCAUUUAAACGAAAACUGUUCUAUUCGAUCAAAGAUAUAUUCAUUGGGGGUAGAUGCAUUUGUAAUGGGCAUGCAAAAAAAUGUAAACAAAUGUCAGAGAAUGUUGAACCAAGUUGCGAUUGCCUUCAUAACACUUGUGGCCCCAAUUGUGAUAGAUGUUGUCCGAUGUUCAAUCAGCGUCCGUGGAAAUCAGGUCCGGUGAUAUGUGAGAAAUGUCAAUGUCACGGUCACGCCACCGAAUGUCAAUAUGAUCCAAUUGUUGACGAAGAGAAGUCUAGUUUGGACAUCUACGGAACGUAUUCAGGUGGUGGAAUUUGUAUUAACUGUUCAAAACACACAAUGGGUACGAAUUGCGAAGUGUGUGAGAUCGGGUGGUAUCGACCAAUAAACGUAGAACCUGACGAUCCUGAACCGUGUUUGUCAUGUGACUGUCACCCUGAUGGGUCUGAUGGGAACGUGUGUAUUCCCGAUAAAGAAACCGGAAUCGCACUAUGUAACUGUUUGAAAGGGUAUGGUGGUGCCAAAUGUAAUGAAUGUGCACCUGGUUACAACGGGUUUCCUAACUGUAAGCCAUGUGCUUGUGACGAACGUGGAAUUAAAACAACGCCUCUAUCCUGUGAAAGUCGAUGCGAUUGCAAAGAACAUGUAACGGGAGAUAAUUGUGAAAAAUGUAAGACAGGUUAUUUUAAUUUACAAUCCUCGAACCCAAGCGGCUGCGAGAAGUGUUUUUGCUCGGGCGUGUCGUCUAUAUGCAAGGCUGCUACAAAUUUAAAAGCAACUAGGAUCAACGAAACAGAAGGAUGGUUAAUAACUGAUUUAAAAUUAACUAAAACCAUAUUUCCAUCAACGGACUCGAGUACAGGAAUUGCGUCAAUAAGCAGUUUUGAUAUACCAGUUGACGUUGAUAGCUUUUAUUGGCUGUCUCCAGUUCAGUUCACUGGUAAUAAGCUGUCUUCUUACGGUUCAAAUUUAUACUUCAGUAUUUCAUGGGUAAUAAUGCGAGGCGAUUCUAGUGGCAAACAAAUGCUUGAUCCAGAUGUAAUAAUUAUUGCAAAGGAAAAUAUUCUGAUCGCAUACGGUGGUAAAAAUUUAAGAUCUUUCAACAACAUUUCUGGUAAUGUGAAUUUGACUGAAAAUGAUUGGUUUUAUAUGACCAGGGAUUUUAAAAGUCUCGAAACACCUAUUGAUAACACCGAAGUUUCACGUGAUGAAUUUUUAUCGAUCUUGUCUGAUAUUAAGCAUAUACUUAUCAAAGCAAAGUAUCACACCAAUCAAGUAGAAUCAAAUUUGAUCAAUGCGUAUAUGGAUAUAGGAGAUAUAAAUGGAAGUGGACAAAUUAUUAAUGGAAUAGAAAGUUGUACAUGUCCAAUAGGAUAUUCAGGACUAUCGUGUGAAACUUGUGACUAUGGUUAUGUAAAACAAAUUGAUCCAUUUUCCACAAAUAUAAUUUGUAAAAAAUGCAACUGUCACAACCAUUCACCAGAGUGUGACCAAAUUUCUAGUCAUUGUUCGGUAUGCGAACACAACACAACUGGACCACAAUGCAAUGAAUGUGCUAUUGGUUUCUAUGGAAAUGCAAUCGAAGGCACACCAAAUGAUUGCAAAAAAUGCGCUUGUCCCUUGAAUGAAAGUACGAACAAUUUUAGUCCUACUUGCAAAUCAAAUAGUGUUGGAGGUUAUAUUUGCACUGAAUGUCCCGAGGGGUACUCUGGCGAUCAUUGCGAAAUAUGUGCUCCAACAUACUUCGGAAAUCCAUUAGUAAUUGGUUCUACUUGUAAACCUUGUGAUUGUAAUGAAGCCCCCUGUGAUAACCUCACUGGGCAAUGCAUUAAUUGUCUUGGAAACACCAUUGGAUGGAAUUGUAAAGAAUGUAAACCUGGUCAUUUUGGAAAUCCCAUUAUUUCUGACUGUAGACCAUGCGAUUGUAAUGCUAUCGGAUCGGUUAUCACAGAUUCGUGUAAUGUAGACACUGGCCAAUGUCAAUGUAAAGAAAAUUUCACUGGUAGAACAUGUGAUCGUUGUAUGGAUGGUUUGGGUAAUAUUACUGCAGAAUGCGUGGAAUGCAACUGUAAUCACAUUGGUUCUAUAUCUGAUUUGUGUGAUCCUAGAUCGGGAUUAUGUCCAUGUAAAAAAGGAGUUUCUGGAGUAAAUUGUGAUUCAUGUAGCGAAGGUUUUCAUUUUUUGUCAAAUCAAGGUUGCACUGAAUGUCAAUGUAACAAAACAGGAAGCAACAAUAAUAUAUGUGACCCUAUUACUGGUCAAUGUGAUUGUCGAUCAAACGUUAUUGGAAAUCAAUGUGAUGUUUGCAACGAUGGUUUUUGGAAUAUUUCUGAAACAGGAUGCCAAAAAUGUAGUUGUGAUAAAAUAGGUGCUGUAAACGAUUUAUGUGAUUCAGAAAGUGGACAGUGUACUUGUAAACUUGGCAUAGGAGGUAAAAACUGUGAUCAGUGUCUACCAAAUUAUUAUGGAUUCUCAAUAUUAGGUUGCUUAGAAUGUGAAAUUUGUGAAAAACCUGGACAUAUAUGUGAUAUGGAUACUGGUAGAUGUGUGUGUCCUCAACUAACUGAAGGACCAAAUUGUAGUUUGUGUACAGCCAAUGCUUUUAGAUGGGAACUCAAUAAAGGAUGUCAAGAAUGUCACUGUGAUUCAUUUGGGGCAUUCAAUGGGUUAUGCAAUAAUGAAACCGGAUCUUGUGUUUGUCGAACUGGUUAUGACGGUCCUAAAUGUGAUAAAUGUUCUUUUGGCUACUAUGGGUAUCCAAGAUGUCGACCAUGUGCCUGUAACUAUGCUGGAAGCGAACCAAGCAAAUGCAACGAAACUUUGUGUGGUUGUGAUGAAUUUGGGCAGUGUGAAUGCAAGAUUAAUGUUUUCGGUAAACGAUGUGAUCAAUGCAAAGAUGGAACUUUUGGACUUCAUCAUAUCAAUUCGGACGGAUGUAUACCUUGUUUUUGUUUUGGGAGAAGCAACUCGUGCACAGCAGCAGGUUUAACAUGGAAUCAAAUAAGAUUAUCACAAACGCGUACUUUAUCCAUAAACUAUGAUACAAAUAAUAAUACUCUCUACAGAGAGGGUGAUUACCCAGUUAACACUCAAGAAAUAUGUUAUAUUAAUCUAGCAAAUCCAGAUAGUACAGGAUUAAAACCCAACAAAGAUGAACGAAAUCAACUUAAUGUAACUAAUAAUCUUAGGGUUAUACCUGGAACUAUUAGUAAUGUUGAGAUUGGAGUAAAAUAUUUGUUUGACACACCUGUUUAUUGGCAGCUUCCUAAACGUUUUUGUGGAGAUAAGGUACUUUCGUAUGGUGGUUACAUACGAUUCACCAUAGAUGCCGAAGGCGGAAACACUCUGUUUCCUCAAUCUAUUCUUACUUCAUACCCACUGAUUCAGAUUCAAGGUAAUGACCACAUAAUUUUAGAACACUUUCCUGUAACCAUCAAUAUGGGAACAAGUCAUCAAGUGAGGUUACAUGAAUCUUUGUGGCAAGUCAAAAACAAUCCUAGCGCCAAUGUUAGCCGUGAAAUACUUAUGAUUGCACUACAAAAUAUAAAAUAUAUAUUUAUCAGAGCUACUGAUUCAGUUGAUUUUACAACAGCAACUUUAAAAGAUGUUACCUUAGAUACUGCUACAUUGUCUCAAAAAAAAACUAACCACUUAACUGCUUCUCAAAUUGUUGAAGUAUGUGAUUGUCCACCAGAAUAUAAUUCUUCAUCUUGUCAAGACCCAAGUUUGGGAUACUUUCGUUACUACAACACUUCAGUAAGUUCCACAAUAAUAAUACAAACUGUUGGUGAAGCUCGGCAAUGUGAAUGUAAUGGAAGAUCAUCUGUCUGUAAUGUUGACACUGGAAAUUGCAAAAAUUGCACGCAUAACACUGGUGGUGCCCAUUGCGAAGUUUGUGCGGAAGGGUAUUAUGGAGACCCAUUUACAGAUGGCUGUGAACCUUGUCCCUGUCCGUCAGUUACAAAAAAUUACGCCCAAUCUUGUGAAAUCGAUUUUGACGGAAAACUAAUAUGUCGUUGUAAACAAGGUUAUAAAGGGAGCAUGUGUGAUCAGUGUGAAUAUGGAUGGUUUGGAUAUCCACGGGAAGAAGGCGGAAAAUGUGAACCAUGCCAAUGUAACAAAUUUGGCAUAGUAAGUGAUGAAUGCCAUGAAGAGACAGGCCAAUGUAACUGCAUGCCAAAUAUAACCGGUAGAGAUUGUUCGAUUUGUCAAGAUAAACAUGUUUUGACUAGUAAAGGAUGCACACCAUGUGAAGAUAAAUGCAUUGACACGUUAUUAGAUCAUGUUUUUAAACAAAUUAAAAUGUUGAAUGAAACAACUCUUCAUCUUUCUGAAGGAAUGAUAUCUCCACCAUGGUCGCAGUUAUCUUCUGUAAAAGGAAACAUAUCAUUUUUAAAUAACAUAAUAAACACAUCGAGUCUAGAAAAUCUAAAAUUAAUUAAUGUUUCUGAUGAAGUUGACCAAAAUCUCAAAAAGAAAUUUAAAUACGCUUUUGUUAAGGCCAAAAAAUUAUUAAAGUCAUCUCAAACCAAUGAAAAUGAAAUACAACCUCUUCACGAUUUAGCUGAAAACAAAUUAUCUAAUAGUGUUGCUUUAGAAAGAGAAGUAGAUGAAUUAGUUAACAGUUUGCAAAGUUAUAGUUUUGAAGAUAGAUCUCGUGUAAAUAUAAUAAGUACUAUGAGAGAAGCAAAAAAUUAUCUUAGCAAAAUAAAUAGUAUUGAUUUUGGGCCUUCGAUCGAUCCAAAGGCGAUACUCAAAACUUGCUCAGACGCAAUGCAGAAUUUACAGUUAAAUACAGGAAGUCAAGCUCAAACCAUAAAUCUUCGUCAUAAAUUUGAAACUUUAUUAAAUCAAGUGAAGGACUUUGAUAGUAUAUUAUUAAAUCUUUCGGAUACUUCAGAAAUAACAGUGCAAUUGAAACAAAAGAAUUUUCAAUCACUUAAUGAACUUAAUAAGAUGAUAGAAGAUAUAAAUCACCUUGAUUUAACCUUCAGCACAAUACAUGGAGAUACAGAAGAAUUACUGAAAGAAGCUAGAGAAAACUAUUUCUCAUCUUUAAAUAAACUUGAGGAAUUGUUAUUAAUCAAACCAAAAUUAGAAAACAUCAAAAGAAAUAUAAAUAAAGAAAAAGACUUUAAUCCUAGAUUUGAUGACGAUCAGUUUUUAGUUAAUUCUGCUGAAAUACAUGCUAAUUUUCUUUUACAAACUGCUCAAAAAUACGCAGAGCUAUUUAAACCAAUUAGACAUGAUGCAAAUAUUGCUCUUAAAGCCAGCAAUGCAUACUUAAAUAUCGUCGAUUCUCUUCAAUUAGCUCGAAAUGCAGCUAUUAAUGCUAGUAUAUUAGCUGAUACAUCAUUUAAAACAGCAUACCCAGGAGUUUAUCAAGAAUCGUUAAUUGAUAAAGCAAAAACAGCAGAAGAGUUAUCCAAACUGACUUAUAAAAGUACAUCAGAUAUCAAAAAUAUCGUUGAUUCAAUUCAGUCAGAUUUUGAUAUACAAGUGGAUGAAAUCGAAACCGUUAAAAAUAACAUGAAACAAAUCGUUAAAAAUGAUAAUAUAAAUUCAAAACAAAUAACAGAACUUGAACAAUCCGAAGGAAUGAACAUGGAACUAAACAAUAGAGAAGAUGUUGAUCCGUUAGUAAUAGCUUCAAGUAACGUUGAGACUAAAAUCAAAAAUAUUCAAGAUAACAUUGACAACAAAUUACGUCCUAUUUUGGUUCAAUUAAAUGAAGAAGGAGAACCAAGUUUAACGAUCGCACAAGAUAAGAUUGAUGAAACUGAAGAACAUGGAAAAAAAGCGAUUGACAUGCUAAGUAGAAUUGUAAAAACAUCCGAUGAUUUUAGUAAGAAAGUAGCUGCUUGGAACCAUUCCAUGAACGCCAAACUUGAUGCUCUGAGGAAUAAAAUUACAAAAGCUCAUCAAAUUGCUGAUGGUAUUCGAAUAUCGAUAUCAGGUCAAGAAAAUGGUACUGACAAUGCGUGUAUUCGCACGUAUCAGCCAAAGUUCUUGGAGCCUAGUACAAGAAAUACAAUUGUAUUAUCGUAUGCUAUAAGUUCAAACGAAAGAGACGCUUUGUUAUUUUACCUCGCAAGUAAAACCACGGGUGAUUUCGUGGCAAUCGAAAUGGUGAACCGUAAGAUACGUUUCGUUUGGGAUGUAGGUGGUGGGAUUGGCGAGAUAACACAUCCAAUGCAUAUACAGACUGCUAGUGAUCUAAACAAUGACCAACACUGGUAUAGAAUCGAAGCCGAAAGAAUACACAACGUUGGUAAAUUGCUAAUCAGGCCACAAGUAGUGCCAAAUGGAUCAUCCCUAGCCAUGGGUUCUCCACACACAAACAUGUCCACUGCAGGAAUGGGACGAUUGGAUAUAAAUUCUGAUGAUCAGAUAUGGAUAGGAGGGAUAGAUAAGGCACCUUUACCACCAUACUUACACUCUAGACAACAUGGAUUAAUAGGGUGUUUACACCAAGUUUGGCUUGAUGGUCGACCAGUUGGGCUAUGGAAUUUCAAAUCACAACCGUCAGGGACUUGCUCCGCCUGUAUUGAAGGUGCAGAAGAUUUGGUCGAUGAUGGUUCCUAUAGAUUUUUUGGGGAUGGCUACGCUGUAUUACACUACGAUACUACAACUACAUACAAUAAAUAUUUAUUCAGCGUUUCUUUGAGUUUCAAAACCUUUGAUGAAAGAUCUUUACUGUUUCUUGUCGAAGGUUCUCAGCCGGAUCAAUUUAUAGAAAUACGAAUACACGAUGGUAAAGUUGUAUUCCGAGUUAGUUACUCUGGGUAUUCUCUUCUUGAAAUAUCUUCAACGAGCCGAUACAACACGGGAAGUUGGACUAAAUUAGAAGCUACUCGGUACUUUGAUAGAAAAAAAAAGAUAGAAAAGGGUGUUUUAAAAGUGGACGGAGAAUCAAAAGAAGGUGUGCCAUCUCCUCCGCCAAACCAAAAUGACAUACCAGAUUUAUCAGAAUCAGAAUAUAUGGUUGGUGGUGUUUCUCCUGGCUUUAAAUCUAUAAGUGGUUUACCUAAAUCCUUUUUGGGAUGUAUGUCGGACAUUCAAAUUGCUCAGCAAGGAUACAAUCCAAUGAGAGGAAUAUCAUGGGGCGUCCAGCCAACUUGUUCAGAUAAACCAUUGACUGUUGUGGGAUUCUAUGGAAAUGGUUAUUUGGAGCUUGUAUCACACACACUCAAAAAGAAAGCAUCAUUUGGAUUCAUGUUCGCCACUCUACAACAAGAUGUAUUAUUAAUGUUAUCUACAACUGAGUCAUUAAUCUCUGGAGUAACUAAUACAAGUGACAAUCCUGAAGAAAUAAAUAAUAUCGACCAAGAGAACAAGCAAAAUUACUACUCGGUCAGUUUAAGACGAGGGCAAGUAGAUAUUCGAAUAAAUGCUGGGCGUGGAGAGGUUAGACUUGCCAGUGAAGGAUUUGAAUUUGGCGAUGGUAAAUAUCAUUCCAUCAUGGUGACCAAAAAUGGAAAGAAGUUAGAAUUGCGCAUUGACGACGUUUUGCAUUCAUCCUCUUCAUUACCUGAAGGGUCAAACAUCGUAAAGGCACCUGGUACAGCUGGAGGGCUAUUUUUGGGAGGAUUGCCAAUAGAUAAUACCACCGGAAAAGCGGUGUCUAGUGUUCCAUUGAUUGGAACCAUCAAAGAUGCUAUUUUCAAUGACCAACUUUUGUUUUUUGAUUCGCCGAUCGAAUUUGAACACGCUGCUAUUGGGCAAGUCGGGCCAGUGCCACAAAAAGGCAAUAAUAUUAUCAGCGAGAUCGCCUCAAUGACAUCGGCUGAAAAAUCUGUAGGGUGCGUGAAAGAAGGAAGCUUUUCACUCGAACCUGGUGCAGUGAAAUUUGGAGACAAUCCCCAUGGCUAUGUUCAUGUUACGUUUGGUAAACGCCACAACAUGCAGAAAAACUUUAAAAUGGACUUCAGAUUUAGGAGCUUCUAUCCAAACGGACUGAUAUUCAUGUUGAUUGGAACACGCGGGAAGCAAACAAAUUAUUUGUUGAUGCAUUUGUAUAAUGGACGUGUACAGUUAGUCCUGAAGACACGAAAAAGAGUUGAAAUAUCCACCCAAGCCGUAUUUAACGAUGGAAUAUGGCAUAAGAUUCAAUUGGUAAAAGAUAAUAAGACGUUAAAUUUCGUGAUUGAUUCAAUUCCACAGGAGAAAUUAAAUUUGACUAAAAAAUUAAGUAUAGGCAAUACUAUGUACGUAGGUGGUAUUCCAGAAAAAGACAUUCAGCUACCAGAAUCACUGAACGUCCAAGCGUUCAAAGGGUGCAUGCAAGGCUUUUCAAUUAAUCAUCAGGAAGAAGAACUGGUUAGUGAAAAAGCAAUACGUCACAAAGUUGGUCAAUGUUUUCCACAAGUUGAAAAAGGUUCAUUUUUCCCUGGUGAUGCGUUUGCCAUCUACAAAAACAAAUUUUAUGUCGGCGCAUUGUUGGAGUUGUCGUUAGAGCUAAGGACGACGCAGUCUACCGCAGUACUUUUGUCCGUGUCCGAGCCGGAAGGCUAUCCAGCACUGUCAUUGGAACUAAAUCAAGGUAAAGUAAUUAUAUCUGGCGAUAUGGGUGACCGCAGACCAUUCCGCGUCGAACAGAGUUUCCAGUCAGAGUACGCAAUUUGUGACAACAAAUGGCAUCAGAUUCAAGCAUUCUACAUUGAGGACAAACUUACACUAAAAGUUGAUCAAUUUGAGCAAAAGUAUUGGCUUCUUGACAACGGACACAUAACUGGAGCGCGAACGCAUAGUCCUCUUUACAUCGGUGGAUUACCAGACGCUGCAUCAAGUGGUACCUUAGGAACCAGAGAAAACUUCAAAGGCUGCAUACGUAACCUCGUUAUUGGUGGCGAACGUACCGACUGGACAGACAUGGCGGGUCUGCACAACAUACUGUUGGGUUCUUGUCCACUGAUCGUCCACUAACAUUACACAUACCUAAUAUUACCUAUUUACUUAUUUUAUUUGGUUUUUCGUUAUUAACGUAUGUGGUCCACGAAUGUACCUAAAUGCGAUAUUUAAAGAAUGUUUAUAAUUACGAGGAAAAACUAUGUAUCCUAUUUUGUACAUUGUAUAUAUUAUAAUUUUCCGAGACUGCGCUCCUCCGUACUUUUUUUUGGCACGGCGGAUUUGACUUACAAUUAUUUUUUCUAUUGUAAAUACUCAUACCUACCAUAUUUCAAAUCAAAAGUAAAAUUAAUUUUUAUGAGUAUAAUUUAUAGGUGUAACCUAUAUAAAUUUAGAUAUAUUUAUUUAUAUA